GCACACAAUCUCUCGUCCAAUUCACUCUCCUGCAACACUCUCUGCAAAGUAACUUGCUCUCUUCUGUUGUCUGCUGGUCAGUCAAUAGAACUUAACUAGCUAGCUGAGUCAAGUAAAAAAUAACUAAGCUUACGAUAUCCUGCAGUUUCAGAGUGUUAUAUAUAGAACCAGUAAAAAAGUAGUACGAUACUUAUCAAGCAAACGAAAUAAAUCUUCAAGUUACAAGAACAAAUCUUACAUCUGCGAAAUCGAAAUGGCCUGUGAAAUCAUGAUGAAUCAUUCGGUCGAAGUUGUGGAUGGUCUCUACCACCAAAGCGCAUGGGCUCAGCCCCUCUCCCCAGAACUGGGCUCACCGGUGCACGCCGGCUCUCCCCACGGCUCUUUGUACUCCCCUACCUCCCCUGUGCUGUCCCACGCUGGAUCCCCUCCACAUAUGGGAUGCUACUCUCCUGUGCACUCUCCACCUAUGCAUGCAGUGCACUCUCCCCCCAUGCAUGCAGUACACUCUCCUCACAGCAUCAUGACCAACUCACCAUCUCCCCUUGAUCACACUAUAAUCAAGCACGAGCAUAUCACCUGUGAUGAGCUGGGCUAUGCUAGGAGCGACAACUCCAGGAGCCUAUCUACCCUGUUGAGGGAUUCAAGCCAGGAACUGAGCUGUGUUGUGCAAAGCUGUCAAUUUGGAGGACCAAGAGAGAUCCUAGAUGUGUCUCCUUAUUUGGAAGACUGCCCUGACCUAUUGGCAAUGCAUGCCUCAGGCAUGAAGCUCGAGGAGCAGUCCCCACCGGCCUACAACUCCAUGUACCCCAGUCCUCCCGUGUCGGAACACGCCCUCUCCCCCCACCACUCUCCAGUGCACUGCAUUGAACCUCAAGCUGCACCUGAGAUCACCAUGGUGCAUGCAGCCAACCAGCCGCACAUGCACGCCCAGUUCCCUGACUUCCCUACUCCAGCUGGAACUCCAGAAGUCAACCUGUCAACUGCUACCACCCUCCCUCUCGAGCAUUACCCUCCCUCUCCUGGUACCAUCUUCUCAAACUGUGGACAACAGAUGCAUCAAGGAUACCAUAUGCCUCUCUCUCUACCAGUGGAGUUUCUGGCCGGAAAAGGAUGCUUGCCUGCAGAUGCUCACUUCUAUGAAAGUGCCACUCCUAUUCAGAUGGCCAUGUCUUCCCACCCCACCUUCAUUGUGCCUCAGAUGGCAAUGCAGCAGCAAAAUGGCAUGCAGCAGAAGUCAGAGGAGCAGAGAAAGCCGUUCGUGUGCCUAUAUCCUGGCUGCACCAAGCGAUACUUGAAGCUGUCCCAUCUCCAAAUGCACAUCAGAAAGCACACUGGGGAGAAACCAUAUGUAUGCGAUCACGAGGGUUGUGGAAAGAGAUUCUCCCGAUCCGACCAGCUCCGAAGACACAGCCGCAAGCACUCUGGUAUCCGUCCAUUUCAGUGUGAGGUUUGCGAGAGAAAGUUCUCACGAUCCGAUCACCUCAAAACCCACAUGAGGACGCAUACUGGAGAGAAGCCACAUAUUUGCACCUGGCCCAACUGUCCCAAACGAUUCGCACGAUCUGAUGAGCUCGGUCGCCACUUGGCCAUGCACAGAAGACAUCUUGAGAAGAAUCGAUUCUGAAAAGAACUGUUCGAAAUCGGGCAAACCAGCGACUCACGUACCCAAGCUUGUAGCGUAUCGUAACCAUAAACUACUACACAUUACCCACUGGUAUCUAUAGAGUUCCUAAGAGUAAGCGUAACUAAGUUUAAUUGUACCUAUUACUGUAAUUAACUAGUUUAAUUUUAAGUAAAUUGUAUGUAGCUAAUUAAGUACUUGUAUUAAUUUUGUAUUUUAUUACCUGUACCUAUACUUAAUAGCUAGAGUAGCUAUUUUUAAGUACUUUAAUUUGCUGUUUAUAGUAAUAUUUAAGAUAUUUUAUUUACUUGUACCUAUAGGCACUUAUAUAUAUCUGAAUGUAUUGUCACUUCGUCCUCAUUUUUGUCAAACAAUUUUCUGAAAAAUAUUCAAUUAAACUA